AUGGGAAGGGGAGAUAUUGCAAUAUUUUUGUUUAUAUUCCUAUUGAACACUGACCAAUGGUGUAUCUUGUUCAGUGGCCCAUUAAUAGCUUUACUUGACCCCGUAAAAUCAAAUACUCCAUCAGCAGUACACCUCAUGCUAAAGGCUGUAUGGGUCUUUUCAAUCACUGUACUUGCCCAUAAUUCAAGAAACAUAAGUUGGUGUGCAAUCACAUCAUCUCACUACUGGAAGAAAGGUGGAGCCAUGAUAUCCCUGAAAGCUUCAAACGCUUUGGUUCACAACUCUAUUCCAGAGUCUACCAAAGCAAUAUGCCAAUCACUGGCUACUUUUGCAAGAUAA